AUGGGAAGUAGAAGAAAGAAGAAUGAUGAUUUCUUGAUUGAUGAUGAGGGAGACUCAUCUGAACAUGUACAUAAACAGAAUGAUAUGUACAUUUGGGAGGGUAACUUCAAAAAGACAUGGGAUGAUCUGGAGGAGGAUGAGGCUGGUCUAAGGCCAUCAGUUCAGAAGGAGCGUACGAUGAGGACAAGACGUCAGAGAAUAGAUGCACAGCGUGUUCGUCGUGGAAUGCAACGUCAUGUCUGCUUGGUGGUCGAUCUCUCAAAGACAUUGGCAUCACAAGACAUGAAACCAUCGCGUCAUCAAUGUCUGCUCAAUGCCACCGAAUCUUUCAUCAAGGAGUUCUUUGAUCAGAAUCCAAUCUCACAAGUGUCACUCAUCAUCACCAAGAACUCAAAGGCUGAGAAGGUCAGCGAGAUGAAUGGCAACCCAUCACGGCACAUCCUAGCACUCAAGAACUCGGCCGCCAUGGAAGGCGAUCCAUCCAUUCAAAACUCAAUGGAUGUUGCAAUAUCAACAUUGUCACAUGUACCAAAGUAUGGAAGUAGAGAGAUCAUUGUUAUAUACUCAAGUCUGACGUCUUGUGAUCCAGGAGACUUGUCAAAGACGAUAGAGAUACUGAGGAAGGAGUCGAUAAGGGUGUCAUUCAUUCACAUGGCCGCCGAACUCUUCAUUUGUAGACAUAUAUCCGAAUCGACACAUGGCACGAUGAAGGUGGCGCUGAACGAGGAGCACUUCAACGAGUGUCUGAUGCUGCAUUGCCAGCCUCCGCCAACGUUUGGCAAGACCGAGGCGGCGCUGGUCGAGAUGGGCUUCCCACAGCAACACACGUCCACCACGCCGCAGCUGUGCGUGUGUCACGAGCAGUUCAAGUACAUCAGCUACACGUGUCCGCGAUGCUCCAGUAAGUUCUGCGAGCUUCCCACCGACUGCCAGAUAUGCAGUCUGUCGCUGGUGUCGUCGCCGCAUCUGGCGCGUUCAUACCAUCACCUCUUCCAGGUGCCAUUCUUUGUCGAGAUCAACUGGCGCGAUAUGGUCAAUGAGAUAUCGUGCUUUAGCUGUCUCACCAUUCCCAGGACAUCGACAUCACUCUUUUACAAAUGUCCACGUUGCAAGCAAUUGUACUGUUUCGAUUGUGAUCAAUUCAUACACGAGUCGCUACACAACUGUCCAGGCUGUGAGAACAACAUCAAGGCAAGCUCAGACGACUCUGAUGCAUCAACAUCAUUGGAUCAGCAUCAUCAGAAUGGCAAUGGCAAUGGCAGUGUCAAUGGCAGUGUCAAUGCUAACAAUGGCAAUGCUCCAAUGGAUGUUGAUUCAAAUCACUGA